AUGCUGAAGUUGGAAGGAAUGCAAAGCGUGGCUUUGGCUCCUCGAGGCAUUUAUACAAGUGGUCGUGGAAGUUCUAUAGUUGGUUUGAAUGCUUAUGUACCAAAGGACCCUGAAACUAGUGAAACGGCUCUAGAAAGUGGAGCACUGGUAUUAAGUGAUAGGGGUAUUUGUUGCAUAGAUGAGUUUGACAAGAUGUCAGAUAAUGCUCAUAGCAUGUUACACGAGGUUAUGGAACAACAAAGAGUGUCAAUUGCAAAGGCUAGGAUCAUAGCAUCUCUUAAUGCAAGGACAUCAGUUUUAGCUUGUUCUUAUCCUAGCAGUUCACGCUACAACCCUAGACUUUCAGUUAUUGAUAACAUCGAACUUCCUUCAACAUUGCUUUCCGGGUUUGAUUUGAUCUACCUAGUGCUUGAUAAAGCUAAUGAACAAACAAAUCGGCGCCUUGCAAGGCAUCUUGUUGCAUUGCAUUAUGAUGAGCUUGAGGACCAAACACUGGACGCAUUGGACCUCCCAACCCUCACUUCAUAUAUCACUUAUGCAAGACAACAUAUACAUACUAAAAUAUUUGAUGAGGAUGCAAAGGAAUUUUAA